UGGCCCGGCGGUAGGAGCCUCCCCGCCCCUCCCCCGCUCCUUUCCCCGUCGCGCUCGAGCUGGGAGCGCGCGGCCGGCCCGGCCCCGCACCGACCCCCAUGCAGGACACCGAGGAGAGCCCGGCGGCCGCCGCGCCGCCCGACGCCCAGGGGCCCGGGGAGGAGCCCGAGCAGACGGACGGGCCCCCGCCGCCGCCGCCUCAGCAGGAGCAGGAGGAAGAGGAGGAGGAGGAGGAGGAGGGAGAGGGGCAGGAGGAAGAAGGCGAGUCCGAGGCGCUGCCGGGGCCCCCCGAGCCGCCGCCGCCGCCGCCUUCCGCCGCCGAGGAGCCCCCCGCCGCCGCCGACCCCGAGCAGCCGCCGCCGCCUCAGCCGUCCUCGCCUCAGCCGCCCUCCGGCCGCGAAAGCCCCGAUAAAGCAGAGCCCGAGGCCGAGCCGCCGGUCGGGGCCGAGCCCCAGGCCGAGCCGGCGGCGGAGGCGGCCGAGCCCGAGGCGCCGUCGGAGGCCGAGCCCGAGGCCGAGCCCGGCGCGGCGCAGGAGAACGGGGAGGCCGCGCCCGCUGCCCCGGUCGAGCCCGAGGACGACAUUUCCUUCAGCGACCCCGAGGACUUCGUGGACGACAUCACCGACGAAGAAUUACUUGGUGACGUGCUGAAAGAUCAGCCGCAGGAGGCAGAUGGAAUUGACUCAGUAAUCGUCGUGGAUAAUGUUCCCCAGGUUGGACCAGACCGACUCGAGAAACUGAAGAAUGUCAUCCACAAAAUAUUUUCAAAGUUUGGUAAAAUUAUCAAUGAAUUUUAUCCAGAAGCAGAUGGGAAGACAAAAGGCUACAUCUUUCUGGAGUACAUGUCUCCGUCUCAUGCAGUGGAUGCUGUGAAGAAUGCAGAUGGAUACAAACUGGAUAAACAGCACACUUUCAGAGUCAACCUUUUCACAGACUUUGAUAAGUACAUGACAAUCAGUGAUGAAUGGGAAAUCCCUGAGAAACAGCCAUUUAAGGAUUUGGGGAAUCUCCGAUACUGGUUGGAAGAUCCUGAUUGUAGGGAUCAGUACAGUGUGAUCUUUGAGUCAGGAGACCGGACCUCCAUUUUUUGGAAUGAUAUCAAGGAACCUGUUCAAAUUGAGGACAGAGCACGGUGGACAGAAACCUAUGUACGUUGGUCCCCGAAGGGUACCUACUUGGCUACGUUCCACCAGAGAGGCAUUGCACUUUGGGGUGGAGAGAAGUUCAAGCAGAUUCAAAGGUUUAGUCACCAGGGAGUGCAGCUUAUUGACUUCUCACCCUGUGAAAGGUAUUUAGUGACCUUCAGCCCUUUGAUGGACACGCAGGAUGACCCUCAGGCUAUUAUCAUCUGGGAUAUUCUGACUGGGCAAAAGAAGCGAGGAUUCCACUGUGAAAACUCAGCUCACUGGCCUAUUUUUAAAUGGAGUCAUGAUGGUAAAUUCUUUGCUAGAAUGACUUCAGAUACCCUCAGCAUCUAUGAAACACCUUCUAUGGGUUUGUUGGACAAGAAAAGCUUGAAAAUCACAGGGAUAAGAGACUUCUCAUGGUCUCCAGGUGGUAACAUAAUUGCUUUCUGGGUGCCUGAGGAUAAAGACAUCCCAGCAAGAGUGACUUUGAUGCAGCUGCCUUCUAGACAAGAAAUUCGUGUGCGGAAUUUGUUCAAUGUCGUAGAUUGUAAACUACACUGGCAGAAGAACGGGGAUUACCUGUGUGUGAAGGUAGACAGGACUCCCAAAGGCACACAGGGAGUAGUGACCAACUUUGAAAUAUUCCGAAUGAGAGAGAAACAGGUGCCAGUGGAUGUGGUGGAAAUGAAAGAAAGCAUCAUAGCCUUUGCUUGGGAACCAAAUGGAAGCAAGUUUGCUGUGUUGCACGGAGAAACUCCACGAAUCUCAGUUUCUUUUUACCAUGUUAAAAACAAUGGGAAAAUAGAACUCAUAAAAACGUUUGACAAACAGCAGGCAAACACGAUAUUCUGGAGUCCUCAAGGGCAAUUUGUAGUAUUGGCUGGCCUCAGAAGCAUGAAUGGUGCCUUAGCAUUUGUCGAUACAUCUGACUGCACCAUGAUGAAUAUUGCCGAACACUAUACAGCUUCAGAUGUGGAAUGGGAUCCUACAGGCAGAUACAUUGUGACUUCUGUGUCUUGGUGGAGCCACAAGGUGGACAAUGCAUAUUGGUUAUGGACCUUCCAAGGCCGUUUGCUUCAGAAAAACAAUAAAGACAGGUUCUGUCAGCUUCUCUGGAGACCACGACCAACUACCUUGCUCAGUGAGGAUCAGAUAAAGCAAAUUAAGAAGGACCUGAAGAAAUACUCCAAGAUAUUUGAGCAGAAGGAUCGCCUGAGCCAGUCCAAAGCCUCAAAGGAGCUAGUGGAGAGGAGACGUACAAUGAUGGAAGAGUUCAGAAAGUACCGCAAGAUGGCACAAGAGUUGUACAUGGAGCAGAGGAAUGAGCGUUUAGAGCUUCGAGGAGGGGUAGACACAGAUGAGCUGGACAGCAAUGUCGAUGACUGGGAGGAGGAGACUGUUGAAUUUUUUAUCAAUGAAGAAAUUAUUACCCUUGCAGAACCAGAGUAAUUAACAAAACUGUGCACCACCAUAUCUUGUGCUGAAAAGAAGUUUGUUCAUUUUCAGAAAGCCUACAUCAACUUUGGAAUUUUUAAUCCAUAUUCUUGCACUCUGGAAGGGUGGAUGCACCAGAUUUUCUCCAUUUUGACACAUUGUAGUGCCUUUAAGUCUUGCUGCCUGCUGCAGUGAGAUACUGGAAAGGCGCUGCUUUUAAAUUUUUCUUCUUUUUUUUUUUCUUUUUUUUUUUUUUUUUCUUAAAUCCACUACUACCGGUAUUUACUUCCUGACUCCCGUACAGUACUUGCCAACUGGCAGUUUUUGACUAUUGCUGGUGAGGUGAGAUUCAUCAGUGCACCUCUGUCUUACACACACGAUGUUUCUGUUUCAGGACUCUUUCUAUGUCCCGAGUGCAUGGACAGGUGUUCAUUUUGUUUGGGGAAAAGUCAACAGAACCAUUUUUCGUAUGAUGUGUUUUAGUGUGCUGAAGCAGCACUACAGUGGGCUAUAUCCUCCUCCUUUCAGAUUGUGAAAGGAUGCCUCCCUCAAAGAGCUGAAUAUGGAAAUAAAAGCAGACCUAUACUAAAA